AUAAACAUAUAAUAAUCAUUUAAACCUCAUUUCUCUUCUUCUUCACACUCGCAAAUCCAGUCAUCUCCGCCGCCGUCAAACCAUCACCGGAAACUCUCAAUAGGUUUCUUCCCAGCUUGCGAUGGACGUCGACAAGAAGGACUCGGUAGCAUCCGAUUCAUCGGAGCAAGUGGUGAAUCCAUGGGAAGUCGCCGCCAAAGACGGCGGCAAAAUCGACUACGACAAGCUCAUAGACCAAUUCGGCUGCCAGAGACUCGACGAUUCGCUGAUCGAUCGCGUUCAGAGGCUCACUUCUCGUCAGCCCCACGUCUUCCUCCGCCGCGGCGUAUUCUUCGCACACAGGGACUUCAAUGAGGUGUUGGAUGCUUACGAGAGAGGGGAUAAGUUCUAUCUCUACACUGGGAGAGGACCUUCUUCAGAGGCUUUGCAUUUAGGGCAUUUGAUUCCUUUCAUGUUUACCAAAUACUUGCAAGAGGCGUUCAAGGUUCCUCUGGUUAUACAGCUUACGGAUGAUGAGAAAUGCAUGUGGAAGAACUUGUCCGUUGAGGAAAGUCAGAGACUUGCUAGAGAAAAUGCUAAAGAUAUCAUUGCUUGUGGGUUUGAUGUCACAAAGACUUUCAUUUUCUCAGACUUUGACUAUGUUGGCGGUGCUUUCUAUAAGAACAUGGUGAAGGUUGCAAAGUGUGUAACACUUAAUAAGGCUAUGGGAAUCUUUGGCUUUUCUGGCGAAGAUCAUAUUGGAAAACUCAGCUUCCCUCCUGUGCAGGCAGUUCCAUCAUUUCCUAGCUCAUUCCCACACUUGUUCCCUGGCAAGGACAAGCUCCGUUGCUUGAUCCCUUGUGCAAUUGACCAGGAUCCUUAUUUUAGGAUGACUCGCGAUGUUGCACCUCGGUUAGGCUAUAGCAAGCCUGCACUGAUUGAGUCAUCAUUUUUCCCUGCUCUGCAGGGAGAGAAUGGAAAAAUGUCAGCCAGUGAUCCUAAUUCAGCGAUCUAUGUGACUGACACUGCAAAAGAAAUAAAAAACAAGAUAAACAGGUAUGCUUUCAGUGGUGGGCAAGAUUCCAUCGAAAAGCACAGAGAAAUUGGAGCAAAUCUGGAGGUGGAUAUACCGGUCAAGUAUCUUAGUUUCUUCCUAGACGAUGAUACUGAACUUGAACACAUAAAGAAGGAAUAUGGAGAAGGGAGAAUGCUAACGGGAGAAGUAAAGAAGCGACUCACUGAAGUUUUGACAGAGAUGGUUGAGAGACACCGCAUGGCUCGAGCUGCUGUUACUGAUGAGAUGGUGGAUGCGUUUAUGGCCGUGAGACCUCUUCCAAGCAUGUUCGAGUAACUCAAUAAAACCCCUUUUUGGCUGCUCUGCUGCAACUUCUCAUCAGAGACUGAAUUAUUCUUGAAAUGUUCAAAUAGACGUUUUAUAAAUUUAUGUAUUUACAACGAGAACCUUUUUUUUUUUUUGGUGUUUAAAAAUAUGAAACAAUAUCACUCUCUAUUACAUUU